GCUAAUUGGAUUCUGAGAGUAAAAUGCAACUAAAAGUCGUGAGGGCAGUGAUUUCAAUUAUUUACUAUAAAGAAAGAUUUUGUUGAGGAAUAAAAGGUGAACGUCGCAUUUCAGUAUUGGCUUUUCGGCAGGAUCAGUUGUUAGGGUAUGUCGGUUCGUUAACUACCUCUUGCGUGCGACUCAAAUUUACUAUUUUUAGGAACAGUACGUCGAUGCAUAGGAGUACUUUCGGCUGUUGUUUUCGGCGUACCUUAGCUGUUGGAGCGGGUACUGUAUCGAUAGUUGGUACCGGUUUACUAUAUGCAUUGGAAAAUGCAAUAAAAGUGGAAGCUUUUGAACAUUUCCCACAUCCUGCAUCUUUGCCAUGGGAUCACAAGCGAGUAUUUGGUACAAUUGAUAUGGCUUCUGCACGUCGUGGUUAUGAAGUAUACAAGCAAGUGUGUAAGGCUUGCCAUUCUAUGAAAUGGAUAGCUUACCGUCAUUUAGUUGGAAAUAUUAUGACCGAGGAGGAAGCAAAAGCAGAAGCUGCUGCUGUUACCGUACCUGAUAUUGACGAAGCUGGAAAUGCAAUUGAACGACAGGGUGAUCUAAAUGAUCAUUUGCUAUCACCUUAUCCGAAUAUUGCUGCAGCAAAAGCAGCAAAUGGUGGUGCUUUUCCACCUGAUCUUUCAAUGUUAUUGCUCACGCGAGAAGGUGCUGAAGAUUAUGUUUUCUCACUAUUAACUUCAUACGUCGAUACACCAGCUGGUGUGAAGCUGGAUGAAGGAAAGCACUAUAAUCCCUAUUUUCCUGAUGGUGUCAUUAGUAUGCCACAGCAGCUGUUCGAUGGUGGUAUUGAAUACAAAGAUGGUACACUAGCAACUGCUAGUCAGCAAGCGAAAGAUGUGUGCACAUUUAUGCGCUGGACAGCAGAACCCUUCUAUGAGAAAAAGAAGAGAAUGUUUUUGAAGUCGAUAUUGUUCCUGCCAUUGCUAACAUUCGUGCUGUUAUUUGGCAAACGACAUGCUUGGACAUACAUAAAAGGACGAAAAAGUAUGUGGAAGAUAGUGAAAGGACGCGAAAGACCGAAAAGCAAAAGCAGUUAA